UUUGUUUUGUGCAGCAAGUCACUUUAUUUCGCGCCAUAGUACGGUUAAUAUUGCACCAAACGAAUUUCCAAUCGAUAUCGAAUUAAUAAAAUAAUCGGAAAAAUGGCACCACGUGGGCAAGCCCAAACACAGCAAGGUGAGCUGAAAUCGAUGAAAAACUCAAUGAUUCGCUAUAUCUUGAAUAUGUCAUCAAAGAAAACACCAAUCAAGAGUGCCGACAUUGUGCGAAAGUGUUUACAAGGUGAACAAAAAAUGUUUGUACGGCUAUUGCCCGAGGUGCAAGACAUUUUAAGCGAUGUGUAUGGUUAUCAAUUAAAUGAAAUCAAAGAAAAAACCGGCAAAUGCUAUUUGGUUACAACGGAGCUAACAGGUCAAUCAGCAGCCAAUCUUACGGUAAACCAACGUGAAGAGUUGCGUUUAUUGUUCAUCGUAUUGUCGUACAUUUUUAUGAAAGGCGGUAAAGUCAUGGAAGCGGUUUUAUUUGGUUUUUUAAAAAAGCUAGACAUUGAAGAAGAACCACACGAAUAUUUUGGCAACUUCAGAACGCUCAUCACCGAACCAUUUGUCAAGCAAAUGUACUUAAAAAAGGAAAAGAUUGAAAUGGAAAAUACCAACAUGGAUGAUAAAUUCGAGUACAGCUGGGGUCCUCGUGCCGAUUUAGAAUUCAAUAAGAAGGAUUGCUUGGAAUGGGUGGCAAAGAUUAUGAAAAAGCCAGCAUCGUCAUUUGUUAAGCAAUGGAAUGAAUGUCAGAGCGAAGAUGAAGAUGUCGAAAUGGAGGAAUAGAAAUUGAUGUCCAUUCGAUGAAAUUUUUUAAAAAUAUAUAUUUAUACUGAUCUGUUAUACCUCCAUAAAAUGUUAUUGAAAUAAUUUAAAUAAUAAAAUUAAUUUAAUCGUU